AAGCCGCGCUGAGGCGAGCGAGGCGCCUCGUCCGCAGCCGCGGCCGCCAUGCAUUGUGGGGCAGCGGCAGCAGAUCCAAGAUGGCGGCCAGCAGGAGGCUGAUGAAGGAGCUUGAAGAAAUCCGCAAAUGUGGAAUGAAGAACUUCCGUAAUAUCCAAGUUGAUGAAGCUAACUUAUUGACUUGGCAAGGGCUUAUUGUUCCUGAUAAUCCUCCAUAUGACAAGGGUGCGUUCAGAAUCGAGAUCAACUUUCCAGCAGAGUACCCAUUCAAACCUCCUAAGAUUACAUUUAAAACAAAGAUCUAUCACCCUAACAUUGAUGAAAAGGGGCAGGUUUGUCUGCCAGUAAUUAGUGCUGAAAACUGGAAGCCAGCCACCAAAACUGAUCAAGUAAUCCAGUCCCUCACAGCACUGGUGAACGACCCCCAGCCGGAGCACCCACUUCGGGCCGACCUAGCCGAAGAAUACUCUAAGGACCGUAAAAAAUUCUGUAAGAAUGCUGAAGAGUUUACAAAGAAAUAUGGUGAAAAGCGACCAGUGGACUAAAAAUAAAAAUCAAAAAAUCAAAAAAUCAAAAAAAAAUCUGACAGAAUUGAUGUCAGCAAAGUGUGAGAGAAGAUCUGGAGCAGUGCAUUUCAGACACACCACAAAGCAGGACUCUAUGGGGAAAUUGACAAAAGUGCCCACUCUCGGUGUUAACUUGUGGCUGUUACUAACUUUCUACAGUUUCUUAAUCAAAAGUGGUCUAGGUAACCUGUAAAGAAAGGAUUAAAAAUUUAAGAUGUUCUAGUUCUGCUUUCUUUGUUUAAAAUCACUGCUUCAAUAUACUUUAAAGGAUGCUGUUUCUUUUUUUUUUCCUUGUCAGAAUUUAUCAGAAAUAUCUUAGACUUAUAAUCUGCCCUUAAAAGUUCAAAAGGUUGUGGCUGUUAUUUCUUAAUUUCCCGACCAUUCUCUCCUUUCCCAUUUAAUUUUUUUAAAAAAAAUUCUUCUGCCCAAACACUGAUGUCUUAGAAAACUCACAAUGUGUCCCUGCCAUCAAUAAAUAAAGGGAGGAAGAAAAAGAAUGAUGAUUGGCAGAUACUUCCUGCCCUGCCCCAACUUUAAAUGUUGCACUGUGCUUUGUGGAACUUGCUCUCAAGUUUCUAUUCAGUUCAUGACAUAAUAAAUCCAUCACAUAAAUAAUCAGAACUGAGCCCAGAAUUUGUGUACAUCUCGCUGAUGUUACUACAAUAAUGUUUAUUAAAUGAGGAACUCCAAGCUUUGUGUGUUCGAGUGAAUUGCAGUACUGCUUAUGUAAAGCUUCUAGGAAAUUUUUGACACAAGAUUUUUGUAGCAAAGGAAUUAUGGGAUGUGAUUUAAAAAAACCAAUCAGUUUUAUUUGUAGAAUCUGUGCAGGGUACCUAGAAUAAAUAAUUAUUCAGAAUAACAUUGCAAACCAGUUUGGGAGAAUUUCAAAGUAGGGACCAAGAGGUACCACAGUGGAAAAAUAAAUGUUCCCUUUUCCCUUUCGUGGUGGGAGAGUGAGUGAAGGAAUACUUCUUGAAAUAUUAAUCUUGGCAAUUUCUAGUCAUUUAAAUAUAUCCGCCAUAUUACCUCUCUCUUGUUGAAUGAAAAGCUGGCAAUUGUCAGAUUUUUGCUGGGAAAAAAAAUUAGAAAUUUCCCUUAAGCAAUAAGUGGCCCAUAGUUGAAUGCAUAUGCCACUGCUGUUUCUAAAAUACCUGUAUGAAAUAGAGUGUUCUAGAAUUAGAUGAAUUGAAAAGACUUACUUUAACUCUCAGGCAUUCCUGUUCAAGUACAGUGGCAUUCUUCUUAUUUAGAAUUAAACACCCUGUACAUUUAUUAUUAACAUUUCAAGUUUAGGAUACCUUAAAAAGCACUCUAGCCACAUGAAAACACAUGGCUUCCCAACCCCUCAUUUUAAAUGUCCGAUUCAAGCAAAUAAUUGACCCUGUGAAGUCUUAGAAAGAAGGACAUAUCAUUGUGUUUAUGUAGGAGACUACAUUAGUAAAUUCCUCCACCUCCGUUUUGAGUGACUGUUAAGUCCGGAAAUACUUUUGCCACUUUUCAGGACUACUCUGUGACAGGGAAGCAGCAGAACAGCCUUUCGGGUUUUAAUCUUUUGUAUAUAUUCCCCCCCCUUCCCUUCUCCAGCUUUUGAUUUAAAACCGUAAAAGAUUGACAGCCAAGUACUUCUGUUGAAAAGUUUAAACAAAAAGUUGUUUCUUCUUAAGUUGGGGUAUGAAGCAUCUCUGUUUUAAGUGUUCUUAGACACCCUCUUUGGUAGGCAGUAAAAAAAAAAAGAAGAAAAAAACCAACUACCUUUACUUAAUGGACACUUGCAUUUCCUAAGUGUGUGUGUUCAGGCUUGGUGACCAGCACUGUCUAUUACCAAAAUUUCCACCAUUUUUUGUGUCUUCAUUUGCAGAAAGUUGGUAGCGACUUUGUUUCAUUCACGCUCACGCAGAUUCAAAAUAAACAAAAAAAAAUGCCAAA